AUGGCAAUCACGAAAUGCGACGAUCGGUAUAAGCCCGGAAACUUGAAAGCCCCCAAAAUACAUCCCAAGUCGAAAGCGGCUACGAAGGUCAAGUGCAACAAGGAUGCGCAACCGAAACCGCAAGGAUGUGCCGAGGAGAAGUCCGGAAAUAAGGACAAGACUGUCCUGCUGGCUGAUAAGGCCAGGGAGGCAUCGAAGGCUGCCGAAACGAUACUCGCUGGCAAAAAGCAACUGCUGGACGCUCUCGAGAACAGUCUGUGCGGUAUAAAGAAGGUCCUUGGGGAGAUGAAGAAUUCGGCUGCCAGCAGUUCUUGUGCCGCAAAAUUGGUCAAGCGGAUUCGAAACACCGAAAAGAAAAACGUCGCUAACCUCAAAUCUCUAUAUGGACAGGUCCAAGUGAGUCUUGAGAAAAUUCGUAGCGUGGCAGAAAAUGCCCAACGGGAGGCGAUGGAGAAGCGAAAACUGCAACAAACAGCCAAGCGGCGAGUGCAGAUCCUGAAAAAGGGCAUGGAAGAGAUGCAGGCUGAUCUCGAAAGGACCAGGGCCAGCGCCAAGAAGGCAAACUGUGCUGCCAAACGUGCCAAAGAGCGAGUCCACACCAUUCAUACAAAGAAAGAUAUGCAAUCGCUGAGUAAAUUCCUCCAAAGACGAAGGAGGGGAAGUCAGACACAAACAGAAAUCGUAUUGCAUUGA